ACUUCAGAACCAACUUCUACUAUAUAUAUGAGCUUCAUUCACAUCAGUUAAAAUCCUAACCACUUCCUUAAUAUUGACAAAGACAAAAGAGAUGAAGAACACAAAUGCUAAGUUAAUCACACUCUUUCUAGGGCUUCUCUUCCUCACGACGAUGGUGAAGUUGAACCUUCCUCAUGCGCUUCACGAUGUAGGUGGAUCCAAAUAUGAGGAUUUUGGUCUUAUAGUGAGCGGAAGUGAACAUCUCUUGAUGGGACGAAAGAUAAAAGGUUUAGAAUCAAUCAACUCUGAAACAAAGAAAAGAUCAAGAAAAGGCUUAGUCUCGACAGAUUCAGCAAAGGGAAUCGAUAAUCUAAUGAGAAGUGACUAUCCUUCACGUAUGAAAGGGAGGAAAAGGACUCCAAUUCAUAAUUGAUAUGGCAUAUCGUAUCGGGUAGUCUAAGAAACUUUUCGUUUUGGAUAACAGUUUAGUAUAUGCAUGUAAGAAGAUCCUAUAGGUCUACUACAUAAAUGUAUGUGUACAAAAAGUAAGAUUUUGCUAUUUUGUUUUUGUUUUUGUUUUGCUGCAACCAAUGUAUUCUUACUGAGGCUUAUAUUUUACAAAUGGUGACGUUAGUGCGUGCUUAGUGCGUGCGUGCUUCCAUUUCGAUGAA